AUGGACAUUUCUUGUUUGAUGGUGUGUGCUCAACAUGUUGAGGUGAGUAGGAUUAAGAGGAAGAAUAGGGAUUUCAAGAAGGCGAGGCCCUAUGAAGGAGUUACUUCUAUUGGUAAGUUUGAAAUUCAAGCCAAACCUAAAGUCAAGAAGAGGGUCUCCGACAAAGUUCUUCCUAAUUUACCCAAAGAUAGUAAGGAUAGGGUGUGUAACCCUUGGUCCCAAAUGGGAAGAAAUGGAAAUUCACCAAGUGAAAAACCUACAUGUACCAAAUGCGGUAAUAAACAUAGGGGUGAAUGUCUAGUUGGGACAUAUAAUUGCUUUGAGUGUGGAAAGAGUGGCCAUAAAGUGAGGGAAUGCCCCGUACUUAAGGAUAGAGGAAGGGAGAGUAACAAAUUUCAAGAAAGUAGUCCUACUUUUGAUCCUCCUUUGAAGAAUCGCUUCUAUGCUGUCCGCUUUAGGGAUGAUUAA